AUUUCCGAUAUCAAUGGUCAUAAUAAAUAUACGAAUUCUUGAUAAAGAUAUCUCUCUUGUUUUAUUCACUUUUCUUAAUUUAAUAUAUGUAAAAUAAGGAGUUCAUGUGACUGCAUAUGAAUUAGAUUCAUAAUGCUCAAACUCAGCAAUAUGCAUAAAAAUAGGCACCAAACAUUGCUGAUAUAUAGUUAUUCUUUCAUUAAUUCUAUAAAUUAACUCCCAUUGGUUUGAUAGUGAUUAUGCAAACUAAACAAACACAAAAUAGAAUUUUGUUAAAUAGUCCAAGAAUAGCAUAUACAAGCACCUUGAUUUCAGCACUUAGCCCCACAUGCCAUGGUUCUUAGAAGUUAUAGGAAAUGAACCAGACCCCUCCCUUCCAAUCACAAAAAAAAAAAAAAAAAAUCAAACUUGGGUAGCAAAAGCUUCACCUCAUUAAUUUUUCAAUCUUAAUUUAAUUUCAACAAUUUCACAAAAAUAAAAACACCAUUAUAAUGAAUUAUAACCAACUAACAUAGUAUAACCAAAUUAAGAACAACAAGUCCUCUAGCUUAGUUUGCAAUUGACAGCUGUCAAAAUUUUGAACACGUUUGACAAACAUUAAUUGUGCAUCUCUUGUAACAAAAACAUGUCUCCGAACUUCUUGGAAACAUGAGAAAACAAAAACAAAAAAUCACCACAACAUCAAAUCUGGUUUUGGAACUUUUGGUGUAUCCCCUUUGCACGCAUCUUAAUUACUAAACAUUGUUGAUUUUUCUUGAGAUUCAAGUUCAUCUUUUUUUCUCAUUGAAUUCAUUUCUUCAUUUGGGGUAUCAUGAUUUUCCUAAAACAAACGUUAAAGGAAAAGGGUAUAUUCCAAAACAAGUGAAAAGUAUUGAGAGAAAAAAAAAACCACAAUGAUUGGUAAAGAUGGUGGUGUUUUUAAGGCAUGGGAAGCCACGGUAAGAAGAACACAUGCAGUAGCUAGGAAACGUGCAAAUAGCAUAUUUGGACUUGGAAAUGUUACUUUAACAAACCCAGAUGAAGAAGAAAGUAGCCACCAGUAUGAUGAUAAUGAAGAAAGUGGAAACGAGUCAUAUGAGGUAUAUAAUGAAGAGAAGUUUCUUCCAAAUGGUGAUUACUAUACAGGACAAUGGGCAGAAAAUUUUCCACAUGGAGAAGGAAAAUAUCUAUGGACAGAUGGGUGCAUGUACGUGGGAGAAUGGUUCAAAGGAAAAACAAAGGGAAAAGGUAGGUUCAGUUGGCCGACAGGGGCGACAUACGAAGGCGAAUUCAAGAGUGGUUUCAUGGAUGGUGCAGGAACAUACACAGGUUGUAAUGGUGAGACAUAUAAGGGACAUUGGGUGAUGAAUUUGAAACAUGGUCAUGGUUAUAAAAGUUAUGUUAAUGGGGAUUGGUAUGAAGGUGAUUGGAGGAGGGGGGUGCAAGAUGGAAAAGGGAGGUAUGAAUGGAGAGAUAUGAGUCACUAUAUUGGUGAAUGGAAAAAUGGGUGUAUUUGGGGUAAAGGGUCAUUUUAUUGGCCUAAUGGGAAUAGUUUUGAGGGGUUUUGGGAAGAUGGUUUGCCGAAAGGGAAUGGAACUUUUAGAUGGCAUGAUGGGAGUUAUUAUGUUGGGAAUUUUAGUAAAGAUGGUAUUAAUAAAGAUUCAAAUGGAACACACUAUCCAUGUGAGUCUUCAUCAUCUGAUAAUGAGAGUCCUCAUUUGGAUUGGGAUCCUCAAGAGUUGUAUAAUGAAUUGAGUGUCUAUUCAGUUUGUCCUGGUGAGAAAGUUUUGGUUUUACCAUCACAAAAGAGACUUGCUGUUUGGAGAUCUACAAAGGGAGGAGACUGUGGUAAACCGAGGCGAAUGUCGGUCGACGGAAGGGUGAGUAUUGGGGUGGAUAAGCCAAGUGAUAGGCUGAAUUUGUGGGAUGGUGGUGGGAGUGUUGAAGGUGAUGUCAGUGGUGGUAAUAGAACUCCUACUACUUUAGGGAGUGAUGUGGAUGAUGAAUCAAUUACUUCAUCUCGUAUAGAUGAUGCUAAUGAUGCAUUGAAUCAACUUCAACCUUUGAAAGCACCUAAGAAAUCAAAUAGACAGGGUGAGACCAUUAGCAAAGGGCACAAAAAUUUUGAGCUCAUGCUCAAUUUGCAGUUAGGAAUCAGGCAUUCGGUUGCAAGACCAGCUCCAACAGCAUCACUUGAUCUUAAGCCUUCAGCUUUUGACCCAAAGGAGAAAGUGUGGACAAGGUUUCCACCUGAAGGAUCCAAAUAUACUCCCCCACAUCCAUCAUGUGAAUUUAAGUGGAAGGACUAUUGCCCAGUAGUAUUUAGGACUCUUAGGAAGCUAUUCAAGGUGGAUCCAGCUGAUUACAUGCUAUCCAUAUGUGGAAAUGAUGCUCUUCGUGAACUUUCAUCUCCUGGAAAAAGUGGCAGCUUCUUUUACUUGACCAAUGAUGAUCGUUACAUGAUUAAGACAAUGAAAAAAGCUGAAGUAAAAGUCCUAUUAAAAAUGCUUCCAGCUUAUUACAAUCAUUUUCGAGAGCAUCAAAACACUCUAGUUACAAAAUAUUAUGGCUUACAUUGUGUAAAGUUAAUAAACGGACCUAUUCAAAGGAAGGUUAGAUUUAUCAUAAUGGGAAACCUCUUUUGUUCUGAGUAUAUCACUCAUAGACGCUAUGAUUUGAAGGGUUCUUCACUUGGUAGAACUUCAGAUAAGCUUGAGGCAGAGAUUAGCGAAACCACUAUUCUUAAAGAUCUUGACCUUAAUUUUAUAUUUCUAUUUCAGAAAUCUUGGUUUCAAGAGUUUUGCAGACAAAUUGAUAGGGACUGUGAGCUUUUGGAACAAGAGGGAAUUAUGGACUAUAGUUUGCUACUUGGCAUUCAUUUCAAAAAUAUAUCACAAGAUGGGGAUGUUAUUCCUUCAGCACCUCGUACUCCUACUGGUGAUAUAGAGAAUGAAGAAACUCCUUGUAUUUCAACAGAAGACACAAAUGAACUUCCUUCUGAUCCUUCAAGUACAAUCUUGGGUGUGAAUAUUCCAGCAAUGGCUGAAAGGACGGUGAGAAGAGGCGAUAUAGAAACACAACUAGUUGGAGAACCAAUUGGAGAGUUCUAUGAAGUUGCACUAACUUUUGGUAUCAUAGACAUACUUCAAGACUAUGAUAUCAGCAAGAAGCUUGAGCAUGCAUACAAGUCCAUUCAAUAUGACCCUACCUCAAUAUCAGCUGUUGAUCCUAGACAAUACUCAAGGCGUUUUCGCGAUUUUUUACUUAGAAUAUUCACCGAACAAUCUUGAAAGCUAGAAUAAGGGUGAAUGCAGAGAAUCUCUAAUUGUAGAUAGUCCAACUUCGUGUUGGAUAGCUGCAAGUUACACCCUUUCUAGCCUGACUUUGUACAUUUUGAAAAUUUCACUAUUAAGAAAUGCCAAUUCUGUUCCAACAAUUGAGUUCCACAGUCACCAACUCAAAUGUACUGUUUAUCAUAUAUACUUCAUUAAUUUUCAUUUUUUUUGUAUAGUACAUCAUAUUUAUGAACCCACUGACGAAACCUUAAAAGUAGGAGGUACUAUAUGUAUUAUGCAUAUGCUGCAUCUUGUACACAUUCACUAGAAUAUGUUAUUAUUUUCUACAAGAUGGAAAGGGUGAAAGGGAAUUCCAACAUUUUGUAUCA